AUGAGGCUAGGUGUUGGAGAACCUCGUGGCUCAUUAAAACCGAUACGAAUUGUUGUGGUUGGUGAAAAGGGAACUGGGAAAUCAAGUUUGAUCAAGGCUGCAGCAGAUGGUUUUUUCCAUUCAAAAGUCCCUCCUCUGUUACCUCAUACCAAUUUACCUUCUGAAUUAUCCUCUGACCCGAUUCCAGCUACCAUUGUCGACACUUCUUCAAGACCGAAAGAUAAGGGAAAGGUCAUUAAGGAAGUUAAGGAAGCAGAUGCAAUUGUUUUAACAUUUGCAUUCGAUAGACAGGAGACUGUUGACCGUUUGAGUGAAUACUGGCUUCCUCUGUUUCGACAAUUAGAGGUGAGAGUUCCUAUCAUAGUGGCAGGUUAUAAAGUUGACGUCAAUGGGGUUUAUAAUCAAAUCAGCAUUGAACAAAUAACGACACCUAUAAUGCAACAAUAUCGAGAGAUCGAGACAUCUAUCGAGUGGUCUGCUCAGGACCUAAAUCAGGCUCGAGAUGUUUUCAACCAUGCGCAACAAGCGGUUAUUCAUCCUCUAGGACCAAUAUAUGAUCAAGAAACACAUUCAUUGAAGCCUCGCUGUGUCGCUGCCUUAAAACGUAUAUUUAGACUCUCUAGCCAUAACAGGCAUUUCAUUCUCAAUGACGCCGAGUUAAAUGAUAUUCAGGUUCACUGCUUCGAUAAACCAUUGACGCAUUCUCAAUGUAAAGAAAUAAGAAAAUCUGUGCAAGUACGGUGUCCACAAGGAGCUACUGAAAAAGGACUCACCUUGGAUGGCUUCUUGUUUCUAAGCACAGAUCUUAUCGAACAAGGAAGAAUCAGAACAUUAUGGACUAUACUUCGAAAAUUCGGGUAUAAAAACGACCUAAGACUCGCAGAUUAUAUGAUUCCUUAUUCAUCAUUCAAACGUGAGGCUGACCAGAGUGUUGAGCUGACAGAUAAAGCUAUUAGAUUCUUAUGGGAAGUCGUCUAUGAGCUUAUCGAUAAAUACGGUGUUACUAACUUGGGACCUCAUGAGAUGGGAUAUCUAUUCCAAACUUCACCUGAAAGUCCUUGGAACGAAGCUCCUUAUAAGGAUGCUGCAGAGAUAACUAAGAAUGGAGGAUUAUCAUUUGAAGCUUUCCUCUCACUGUGGUCAUUGAUGACACUAAUAGAUCCAGCUAGGAGUCUUGAGUAUUUGAUUUACAUAAGAUACCCAUAUGAUCCAUCUUCAGCGAUUCACGUUACUAGGAGGAGAGAGCUAGAUCGCAAGGAGCAAAACUCCGAAAGAAAAGUUGUCCAGUGUUUUGUGUUUGGACCCAAUAAUGCAGGAAAAUCUGCACUGCUCAAUCGAUUUAUUGGAAGGUCAUACGAUGAAGAGAACAGAAAUGGAUCAGCUCAUGAGGAACAUUAUGCUGUUAAUAUGGUAAGAGUGACUGCAAAUACAAAGAAAACUCUGGUGAUGAAGGAAAUUCAAUAUCGAGAAGAUGGAUUCUUGUUAUCAGAUGAAUCAUUGGCUGCUUGUGAUGUAGCAAUCUUCGUUUACGAUUCUUCUGAUGAGUCUUCGUGGAAGAGAGCCAUUGAUUUGCUUGCUGAGGUUGCAGCCACAAGCAAAGACGCGGGUUUCGAGUUUCCUUGCCUAAUGGUUGCAGCAAAAACUGAUCUUGAUUCAUUCCCAAUGGCUAUUCAAGAGUCCACUAGAGUUGCACAAGAUAUAGGGAUUGAAGCUCCAAUACCAAUCAGUUCCAAAUUAAGAGAUUUCGAUAACUUAUUUCUGAAGAUCUUAACCUCGGCCGAGCAUCCUCAUUUGGGUAUUCCAGCGAUUAAGUCAAAGAAGAAAAGGAGUUUCAAGCUAAUCAACAGAUCUCUAAUGGCGAUUUCAAUGGGGAGUGCGGCUUUGAUCGUCGGGCUCGCUUCAUUCCGUCUCUACGCCGGAAGAAAACAGAGCUAAUUCUUGGUUGAAGAAAG